GCGCUCGCAUCAUACUCCAACUUCCCCAUAAUCUUUUUCUGAAAUAUUGUCUUGACUUUUCGUCCGUUCCCCAACUCUCUAACCCUGUUGAUAUAACCCCAGGAAUCAUAAUGACCGGGUGCUUUGCUACUAUGCCCUGGGCCUUGAGGCCGAGACCAACCGAGAAAGCAUCAUAGCUAACAGCUGCGCGUUCCGUUUGCUAGGCGAAGAAGGGAAAAUAUUAUAAAAUCCAAAUUUAGGUCCAUCAGCGCAUCCAAGCUAAUAACCUCAUUCUGAUUUGCGAAAAAAAGAGCCAAGAAUAUUCCAAAGACGCCUCCGAGUCCGAAUAUCAACCCAUUGCGCCGCUUGCUCCUCCGCUUCACGGGGAUUUGGUGCAGCUUCAAGUCCGUUUCUAAAUGAAGCUGCUCUCCAUCCUUGUGCGCCAAAAGGAUAUUGCUGCUGCUACUGUUGGUAUUACCGUCAUUAUUGUUGCUGUCGUCUGGGGUAGAGAUGGCGGGUAUCUCGGAUGUAGAGCUCGGGGGAGAGGUAGAGAAGAUCUGCCCAAAUCGACGGCGCAGGCCCGACAUGGCGAAGUAUUGGAGAGAUCUCUCUCUGCUGCUGUUUCAGAAGCUUAUAGAUAUAAAUAUAUAGAUAUAAAGGAUGUCGUCGACUGGGCGAAAGUGCCCGUCAUUACAGACGGAGAAUCACAUGGGAAAAGUUGGAGCUUGGUGUGUAUGUAUCAGGGAAGGGGAAAAAAGAGCUGGAAAGGGUUGGCCAGAGCUAUUUAGAGCUAAAUAUCGGGAGUGGAAACGCCAGCUAGUGAGUGUAAAAACAUCCCCCACCCCAACCACCGAGAGACAGGUUUCGUAUCGCCGACAUGGGAGUGAGUGCCAAUUGGACGAACUCGAAAGAAAAAGUUGACAAAAGAGGGCUGCUCAUGAUAUCGCAACGCUGAUCCUGCCACAUCCACCAUGGCCGACACUGCGGCAUCCCCGCCCUCCUCCGCUGGAGACCUCCGCUAUAUCCAGUAUGAAAGCGACAAGGAGAACGAAUAUGUCUCUGCAAUGCGCCAGUUAAUAUCCAAGGAUCUCUCGGAGCCGUACAGCAUCUAUGUCUAUCGCUAUUUCCUCUAUCAGUGGGGUGAUCUCUGCUACAUGGCAAUGGACGAAAAGGACAAUCUGAUUGGGGUUGUCGUAUCAAAACUCGAACCGCAUCGCGGCGGGCCUCUGCGCGGGUAUAUCGCCAUGUUAGCCGUUCGGGAAGAAUAUAGAGGCAAAGGCAUCGCGACGAAGCUCGUAUGCAUGGCUAUCGAUGCCAUGAUUGCGAGAGAUGCGGAUGAGAUCGUCCUUGAAACCGAAACGACCAACACCGCCGCUAUGAAAUUAUACGAGCGUCUAGGCUUCCUGCGCAGCAAGAAACUCCACCGCUACUAUCUCAAUGGCAACUCUGCCUUCCGGCUCGUACUGUAUCUGAAGGAAGGUGUGGGGUACAUUCCGACCACCUUCGAUCCAUAUGGGUGUCAUCCGGACGGACUACCAAUGCAAGAAAAUGGGGAACAUCCGGGGCAUCACGUUUGCUGAUUAGUCAGUGCAAUUUCAGUUUCAAUGUGCUAUGGGAUAAAUGGGUUGGCGAGACGGAGGAAGCCGCUGAAGCCGACCUACGCAAGGGAGGACUCACGAGGGUUCAACAGUGGAUUCCAAAAAGCCUGCGAAUUAAUGGGGAUGAUAGAUAGGACCAUUUCUCCAUCCCUUCCCUUAAAACCCAGUAUCCAGAACAAGGCUCAGCAUCCCCCGUGAGUCACCAAUGGGCGUGGCCGUGAUUAUCAACCCGAAGAAGCCACAGGGAUGCAUCCAAGGCACUUUUUGCAUAAAGGAGUUGGCAAUAGGAGAUAGAGAGCGAAGGUUUAAUUUCACUUAAACUGUUAGAUACCCCCCAGUUUGAUGAUCCUAUUAACAUGAUCAAGGAUCAAGGCAAUAUCUUUGGAGAAAUAUCGAUGUUAGAUAGUAAUUCAGACAAUGCAAAAACAGUGCACCGUUCCCCAACAGAGUCCGGUCGGGUAGUUUGCAAGAAACUUGAGAACAAGUCAGAUAUAAGGUAAAAUACAAUACAUAGAUGGAAAAAGGCGAGGGAGGGAAUCAUGAAGAUGUGGAAGAAGCGAUAUACAGAUGGUGUUGGGGAUCUAUAUAAAUACAUAUAAAGCAGAAUAUAACAGGCCGAGGUCACUCGUAAGCAUUCAAGGGCUGCCUGGCCCUUUCCAGGAGAUACCCUUUCUCUCAAACAUUUCCUUAACUUCGUCUAUUGAAACCGACCCUCCCAUCCAUCCCUCUUUAUGUCCCGUGUGCUCCAACUGUAGCUCAGGCUGAGCAGAUCUUGCAUUAGAAACAAUGGUUGCGUCUUUGUUAACACCCUCUCCCGUCUCCUCUUCUUUCCCCUUUAUAUCUUGCUGUUGCCGUCGUCGUCGUUGUUCUUGUUCUAGGUUCCGUUCUAGUUCUCGUUCUAGUAUUCCUUCCAGCACUUGUUCCGGCCGUCCUUCUGGCCGGCCUUCUAAACGUCCUUCUGGCCCUUGCUCUGGCUCCUGUGGUUGCUGAUCCAAUUCUUCUUCUUCUUCUUCUUUGUCUUCUUCUUGUCGUUGUUGUUGCUCCUCUCUUAUUUCAUCCUCCAAUUGCUCGUUACCAUAUUCCUUCGUCCUUUUCUUCCACCUGUUCUUCUCAUCCACGGGAAUUCUGAUCACGUCUCUAACAAUUUCCGUAACCGACAUAUUUCUAGCGUGACCCUCUGCCCACCACGCCAUAUCAAGCAUAUUAGCCUCCCACAUCAUUUCCUCGAACUUUAC